AUGGAUAUAGCAGAGUUUCUCCUAUACGUAUUUACUGCUACUCUAGGCGGAAUGUCUUUAUGCAGUGCCAAUGGUUUAUACUUUUUGUGUGAAGAGCUUGAUAUGGAUUCACUAAAUAACUCUGAGGCUGGAAAUAGCAGUAGCCUGGUGCAACCCCAGGAGGUAUGCGACCGGAUCAUCCAAGUGCUACAAGAGGAAAUGCAGAAAAUGGAAUCGGUAGCUGAUGAAAAGAUGAAAAUGCUAAAGAAAGCUCGUAUAGCACUCGAGGUUUGUGACAAUGAACUAGAGGAAAAAACUAAGGAAGUUGAACGGCUGAAACUGGAGAGGCAGCAGAAAAGGCUGGAAUUAGAUGAACUGGACAGCAUUGUUAGGCUUAAACAAGCGGAGGCGGAUAUGUUCCAGGUUAAAGCUGACGAAACAAGACGAGAAGCUGACAGGUUGCAGAUGAUUGCACAAUCAAAGUUGGGGGAAUCUGAAGACGACUACGCCAGCAGAUACCUACAACAACGUCUUAGUGAGGCUGAAGCUGAGAAGCAAUACCUUGUCGAAAAGAUGAAACUUCAAGAUCAUAGUUCGCAUCCAUAUCAAAGUGAUGACAAUUGA